AUGACAUUAGGUCCUCCAAAUUUAAUACGUUUUUGGAACAUUUUCACUGGUAUAUCCCAAAACAAAUUCAUCCAGUCAUCAUAUACGGCUUACAAAAAAACUAAAUUUGGAGAAAAGUUUAGAUCAUUUCGUAGUCAGUGGUAUACAGAAUGUGAUUGGUUGGAGUAUAGUGUUCAACGUAAUGCUGCAUUCUGUUUUGUUUGUCGUAUUUUUGGACCAGAGAAUAGUGAAGAUACAUGGACUAGGACUGGCUUCAACAAUUGGCAAAAAUUUAUUGUGAAACUUAAAAGUCAUUUAGUUACUAUCAACCAUAAAACAAAUGAAUCGAAAAUGAUGGCAUAUAAGUCUAGUGAAAAAUCUGGAUCAGUAGUUACUCAAUUGUCUAGUUUUCAUAAAGAAGAAGUCUCAAAAAAUUGCAAAUAUAUGUCGAGUUUAAUUGAAAUAAUUUUAUACAUUGCAAAACAAGGCAUUGCAGUAAGAGGACAUAAUGAAGGAACUGAUUCAAUAAAUCAAGGUAAUUUUAAAGAAUUAUGCAAUGUAGUUUUUUCAAAAUUUAUGCCAGAAUUUCAAAGCUUUUAUCAAAAAAAAAUUAAUUUGACCAGCUGGAAAAUUCAAGAAGAACUUAUUAAGAUUAGUGCUGACUUGGUAACAGAAACUAUUGUUGGACAAAUAAUUGACACUGGACAUUUUGCUCUAAUGGUCGAUGAGGCUAGGUCUCAUAAACAAGAACAAUUGUCUGUGUGUGUGCGUUAUGCAGUUGGGCUUGACAUUUAUGAAAGAUUUUUACAAUUUAUUGAUGUUUCUUGUGGCCAGAAUGCCAAUCAAAUUGUUUCUGCUAUUUACACUAGUUUUAAAGAUUGUAAUUUAAACAUGGAUACAGUUGAAUCUGGUUGUUGUGGACCUGUGUAA